AUGGCUCCCUCUUUUCGCCAAGAAACCUAUUUGAUUAUUCAACCAGGAUCUACAACAACGCUUGUGGAAUUAAUAACACCAGUCAAUGCUAAUAGUAAUACUGCUGGUUAUAAUAAUGAGGAGCCACCAUAUCCGUUACCCACAUAUUCAAUUCCUACUGAGGUAUACUAUAACGACAUCCAUUAUUCCACAACUAAAGUGGAUCCCACCUAUAAAAAAAUAACACCUAUAAUAAAUGGAGAAAUAGUUGAUUUAGAUUCCUUCAAAUUUUUUUUAAAAAGUGUAUUUAAAUCAGUUGUGUUACAUUAUAACUCAAACUUUGAUAACACACCCUCGUUAACCAAUUUCCCUCUUUUAUUGGUUACUAAUCACAAAUGGUCAUUUCUACAAUUGGAAACACUUGUUCAAUUUUUUAUGGAACAAAUAGGAUUAAAUAAUUUAAUGUUUUUACCCAGUGGUGCAGCGUGUAGUUCUGGAUUUGGCAGCGUUGCCAAUGGUAUUGUUAUUGAUAUUGGUAAACACAAAACCGACCUAAUUCCUAUUUUAGACUAUUUGCCCAUAAAAUAUUUAACAACUUCAAUUGACAUAGGCGGUGCUGAUAUUAAUAAAAACUUGCUUAAAUUAUUUGCUGAUAGACAUCCCACUUGGAGUGAAGAGCGUGUAGAAAAUUUAAAGAAGAGCAAUAUUUUUGAAGUUUUACUUACUUUCAACAGCGACGAUGACGAUGGUCAAAAUCAUAACACAAAUAAUGUGAUGGACACCAACAUCAAUACUUUCGUAGAAAAUGAACAAGGUUCACUGGGUAAAAAUGACGAAGAUAAUAUUGAUGUUGCUGCUAUUGUAACCAGCGACAAAGAUACAAGACAGAUUUUGGAGGAAAGAGAGAGAAAUAAAAACACCAAAAAAAACAGUGAAUUGGGGGAAAAUACAUUCUUUGAUGCAAGCACCAAUGAGCUUGUUAUUGUUGGUGAAGAAAGGUUCAAAGGAUGCGGUAAUUUAAUAAGGUCAAUUUCUAAACAGGUUGGUAUGGUUUUGCAACAAGUUCCAGAUAUAAAUAAACGCAAAGUGAUGUGGGAUAAUGUAAUGAUUGUAGGGAACACAAGUUCAAUUACUGGAUUUAAAGAGGCUGUAUUGCGACAAUUAAUUAAAGAUUAUUUGGUUCAGGAACCUGCUUCAGAAAAAGCCCAAAGAGAAAAAGAGUUUUAUGCCAAUGCAGCUAAUAAGAAAAAGGGAAGGUAUAUUGGUCAUGUUUUAAGUUUAGAAUACCAGAAUCAAGUCCCUACCAGCAUCAAACUAGUUAAACCACCAGAAUACUUUCCUGAUUGGAAGAAAACUGGGUACGGUGAAAUUAUCUUUUUAGGUGCUGAAAUUGUUGCCAAACAGGUUUUUGGUCAUUAUAAUGAUCAAUUUUUCAUUACUAGAGAUAAAUAUAAUAAAUAUGGUCCACCAGCUAUAUGGAAUGUAAUUAUGUGA